AUGGAACUAAAGCAACAAGGUACGGAAAAAUAUGUCAAGCUUUGGGGGAACCCUGUCCUCCAGCUGAACCCAGCUGUCCCUGGAGUUUUCGGUGGACCAUAUCCUUUUGGCAUUGAUCCAAUUUGGAACAUUGCUACCAAUAAACUGACCUUCCUCAACUCCUUUAAGAUGAAGAUGUCUGUUAUCCUUGGUAUCAUCCACAUGAUGUUUGGAGUCACCCUGAGCCUUUUCAACCAUAUCUAUUUCAAGAAGCCCCUGAAUAUCUACUUUGGGUUUAUUCCAGAAAUAAUCUUAAUGACCUCUUUGUUUAGCUAUUUGGUUAUCCUUAUUUUUUACAAGUGGACAGCCUAUAAUGCUGGCACAUCUGAGAAAGCACCAAGCCUUCUGACCCAUUUCAUAAACAUGUUCCUCUUUUCCUAUGGGGACUCUGGUAAUUCGAUGCUGGGUUCUGGACAGAAAGGAAUUCAGUGUUUCCUGGUAGUGGUUGCACUUCUGUGUGUCCCUUGGAUGCUGCUGUUUAAACCACUGGUCCUUCGCCAUCAAUAUUUGAGGAGGAAGCAUUUGGGAACUCUCAGCUUUGGUGGGAUCAGGGUGGGCAAUGGACCGACAGAGGAGGAUGCUGAGAUUAUUCAGCAUGACCAGCUCUCCACCCAUUCAGAGGACGCAGAGGAGUUUGACUUUGGAGACACCAUGGUCCGCCAGACCAUCCACACCAUUGAGUACUGCCUGGCCUGCAUCUCCAACACUGCCCCCUACCUGCGGCUCUGGGCCCUCAGCCUCGCUCAUACACAGCUGUCUGAGGUGCUUUGGACCAUGGCGAUCCACAUCGGCCUGCGUGCGAAGAGCUUGGCGGGAAGUUUGGCUCUGUUCUUUAACUUCGCCGCCUUCGCCACCCUGACUGUGGCCAUCCUCCUGAUCAUGGAGGGCCUCUCAGCCUUCCUCCACGCGCUGCGGUUACACUGGCCCACCUGUGGCCUUCAAGUGACGGUGUCUUCCCACGUCCUCAUGAAUGAGCCCAAGGAAGUGACGAGUGGCGAGAGAGCAGGCUUCAGAAUCGGGUGA